ACGUGAUCCCCAGGCCCCGCCCCCUGCCCGCUCCGCCAUGUUGUCUCUUCUUUCCCCGGCGCCCGGUGGCGGUGGUGGCGCAGCCCGGGAUCGGGACCGGGAUUUGCGGCGGCAGCAGCAGCCCCAUUCCCGUGGGUCUGGGAAAUCACAAGGAUCUAUUCCUGUAACAAUGGCUGCAAAAUCAUCACUCCUUAAAGUAAUACUGCUAGGAGAUGGUGGAGUUGGGAAGAGCUCCCUUAUGAACAGAUAUGUCACCAACAAGUUUGAUGCACAGCUGUUUCAUACAAUAGGUGUGGAAUUCUUAAAUAAAGAGUUGGAAGUUGAUGGACAUUUUGUUACAAUGCAGAUAUGGGACACAGCAGGUCAGGAACGUUUUCGGAGCUUGCGGACUCCUUUCUAUAGAGGUUCUGACUGUUGCCUGCUAACCUUCAGCGUGGAUGACUCUCAAAGCUUCCAAAACUUAAGCAACUGGAAGAAAGAAUUCAUUUAUUAUGCAGAUGUCAAGGAGCCUGAAAACUUUCCAUUUGUGAUACUGGGUAACAAAGUUGAUAUCGAUGAAAGGCAAGUGUCUACAGAAGAAGCUCAAGACUGGUGCAGGAAUAAUGGCAACCAUCCCUAUUUUGAAACCAGUGCAAAAGAUGCCACUAAUGUUGCAGCAGCCUUUGAAGAAGCUGUUAGAAGAGUCCUAGCCUCUGAAGACAGAUCAGAUCACUUUAUUCAAACAGAUACAGUAAACCUUCAUCGGAAACCAAAACCCAGUUCAUCUUGUUGUUGACUUGUUUUUCUUUGCCAAAUUACUUUUGACUAGCUUGCUCUAUAAAAGGAUGGGGAAGGUGUAGUAAAUAAAGUAAUGCAUGGGUUUCACUCUAAUAUUAAAAUUCUAAUAUUCUGCUGCUUUCUUGGGGGAGCAAAAGAAAAAUUUUCUUUCAUGAGUGACCCAUCAUUGAAUUAGAGAUGCUUUCUGUUUAGGAAGGUGUCAAGUAAAAACAUUAAUAUAAGAAUGUAAUUUGCCAACCAUAUUCAAAUGAUAAAUACUUUGAGUAUAACUAAAACUUGAAACUUCUAGAAGCACUACUUGGAGAAACUGUUGUGGAAUUCAGGCACAAAGAUACUUUUAUAUGUGUAUAUUUUUAUGAAAUCAGCAUUCCAUUUUUGUUUCUCUAGAAGUCGGUUUCUUAACAAUGCUAGAUAUUAAACUUCAGUGUCACUACA